AUGAUGAACAGCAUCUUAUUGACAAGUAGGUCUUGUCAACCUGCUUUGAAAUUGCAAUUAAGUACUUUUAAGCAUUCAAAGGUAUUGUCAUCAACUUUAAGUAGACUACAUUCUCAAUUAAAAUUGGAUGAAUUACAAACUGAUAAUACUCCAGAUUAUGUUAGAUUGAUAUUACGAUCAUCUGUUUAUGAUGUUAUGGAUGAGUCACCAAUAAGCUAUGGUGUUGGUUUAUCUUCAAAAUUAAAUACCAACGUUCAAUUAAAAAGAGAAGAUUUGUUGCCUGUUUUCUCUUUCAAGUUGCGUGGUGCUUACAAUAUGAUGGCAAAACUUGACGAUUCUCAAAAGAACCAAGGUGUCAUUGCCUGUUCUGCUGGUAAUCAUGCUCAAGGUAUUGCUUAUGCUGCCAAACAUUUAAAUAUCCCUGCUACUAUCGUCAUGCCGGUCUCUACACCUUCAAUCAAGUAUCAAAAUGUUUCCAGAUUAGGUUCUCAAGUAGUAUUAUAUGGUAAUGAUUUCGAUGAAGCCAAAGCUGAAUGUGCUAGGUUAGCUGAAGAACGUGGCUUAACCAAUAUCCCUCCUUUUGAUCAUCCCUAUGUUAUUGCUGGCCAAGGUACCGUCGCAAUGGAAAUUUUAAGACAGGUUCACAAAGCCAACAAGAUUGGUGCUGUUUUCGUUCCAGUUGGCGGUGGUGGUUUAAUUGCCGGUGUUGGUGCUUAUUUGAAGAGAAUUGCUCCACAUAUCAAAAUUAUUGGUGUUGAAACUUUUGAUGCAAAUUGUUUGUACACUUCAUUACAAAGCGGUAAAAGAGUACCAUUAUCAUCUGUAGGCACUUUUGCUGAUGGUACUGCAGUUCGUUUAAUUGGUGAAGAAACCUUCAGAGUUUGCCAAGAAGUCGUCGAUGAAGUCGUUUUAGUUAAUACCGAUGAAAUUUGUGCUGCUGUUAAAGAUGUAUUUGAAGACACCAGAAGUAUUGUUGAACCAUCUGGUGCUUUGUCCGUAGCAGGUAUGAAGAAAUAUGUAUCUACAUUACAUCCUGAAAUUGAUCACUCCAAACACACCUAUGUUCCAAUUUUGUCAGGUGCCAACAUGAAUUUUGAUAGAUUAAGAUUUGUAUCUGAACGUGCUGUUUUAGGUGAAGGUAAGGAAGUCUUUAUGUUAGUUACAAUCCCAGAUGUCCCAGGUUCAUUCAAGAAAUUACAGAAUGUUAUCCAUCCUAGAUCAGUCACUGAAUUUUCCUAUCGUUACAAUGAACAUCGUCACGAGUCAACUAGUGAAGUACCAAAGGCAUAUAUUUAUACUUCAUUUAGUGUAGUUGACCGUGAAAAGGAAAUUAAACAAGUUAUGCAACAAAUCCAUGCAUUAGGUUUUGAAGCUGUAGAUAUUUCUGAAAAUGAAAUGGCUAAAUCUCAUGGUAGAUACUUAGUAGGUGGUGCAUCUAAAGUUCCAAACGAAAGAAUCAUAGCCUUUGAAUUCCCAGAGAGACCAGGUGCACUAACUAAGUUUUUAAGUGGUUUAAGUGAAUCAUGGAAUUUAACAUUAUUCCAUUACAGAAACCAUGGUGCUGAUAUUGGUAAGAUCUUAGCCGGUAUUUCAGUGCCACCAAGAGAAAACUUGACUUUCCAAAAAUUUUUGGAAGAUCUAGGAUACAAAUACCAUGAUGAAACAGAUAACAUGGUUUACCAAAAAUUCUUAAAAUUCUAA